CUCAUCUAAUAUUAAAUAAUAAAAAAUGAGUUUUUCGCGCAGCUCGCUGCGCUAUGCGCACACUAACGGCUACACGGGCUUGCUGUACACGCCCAAAGGGGAUUUCAUUAUCACCUGUGGCACCGAUGGCGAUAUACGCCACUGGACCUGCAUCAGCGACGAUGACCCGCGCUCCACCUGUCUGGGCGAGUUUGUCAUGAGCAUUGCGCAUACGGGCAGCCGUCUGUUGGCUUCCACAGACCGCAAUACGGUGCACGCGUACACCUUUCCGGAUAUGGACAGCGAUGGCAUUCUGAUGCGAUUCACUGCGCCUGCUACGUGUCUGCGCGUCUGUGGGCAGUAUACAGCCGCGGGUAGCGAGGAUACCAGCAUUAAGGUGCUGCAUGGUGACAAUGCCGGAGCCGAAAAAACACUGGAGGGGCAUAAGGGACCCAUAUUGGCAUUGGAUGUGUACGCUGAGCGCCAGCUGUUGGCUUCUGUGGCCGGCGAUGGUCAGCUCAAGGUGUGGAACUUUGAGACAGGCGUGGAACUGAAGAGCCUGGCCGGCUUGCCGCGCGUCAAUAGCUUUGAGAGCGCUAGUCUCUUUGGCACGCCCAGCUUUGAGCCACAGCGCGGCGAACAAUUGGCCUAUGCGCUGGACAAGGAGCUGAUUGUUCUGAAUACAUCCAACUGGGAGGUGGCCUACAGACUGCAGGACGAGCGCGUCUCGAGUAAUUACAGUUGCUGUCAGUUCUCGCCAAAUGGCGAGCGUCUGGCAGCGGGCACUACCAGCGGGGAGCUGAGCAUUUUUGAUGUGGCACGGCGCAAGCCACUGCAGGUGGAGGCGCCGCCCAGCGACUGCAAAGCCAUCACGUGCUUGGCCUGGAAUCCGGUCAAUGUGGAUGAGUUGGCCUAUUGCGAUGCAACCGGCCAAUUGGGCACCAUAUUUCUGGGCGAUGAAGAGCCGCAGGAAGGGCUAGACGGUGAGCUGGCAGAGGAGGAUGAGCUCCUGACGGGCACUGGCUUUCAAUUUGAGCAGGGCGAUGAUGAGAAUAUGGCGGACGCUGAUGAUGGCGAUGGCGUUAGCCUGGAACAGCUGAAGCGCAAAGUUAUGAGCAACGCUGCGUAUAUGGAGCCGGAUGCCCUAGACGAUGAGCACUCCAAGCACUCCCUGGCCAGCAGUAGCGCAGCACCGCCUGCCCCACAGCUAAAGCUCUUCAAGCAACAGGCGGCAUUUCAGCCAGGCGCUACACCAAACGAUUUGGAGCAUCGGUAUUUGGCUUGGAAUGAUGUGGGCAUUGUUACCGCACACACAGAGCCCAGCGGUGACGGUGCCAUCGAUGUGGAGUUCCAUGAUGCCAGCGUGCAUCAUGCGCUGCACUUGAGCAACAACUAUAAUCAGCAUAAUCUGGCAAGUGUCAGCCGCAGCGCAUUGGCAUUGGCCUCCACCGAGAGCAGCAAACUGGUGGUCAUAGCUUUGGCUGCUGCCGGUAACAAGGAAUGGUCGCUCAGCCUGCCGGAUUGCGAAAGUGUGGAGGCGCUGGUAGCCACCAGCCAUCUAAUUGCCGCGGCCACUAGCAAUCAUUUUCUGCGCCUCUUCAGCGUCAUGGGCACUCAGCGUGAGGUGCUGACCAUACCAGGACCGGUGCUGGCGUUGGCCGGGCAUGAGCACAGCGUGCUGUGUGUUUACCAUGCCGCCGGCAGCAGCGAAACCCAACAACAUCUGGCAGCCAUGCUGAUAAAUAUCAGCGGCUUAAGUCUGCGCGUGGAGCAGCUUCCUGUGCCGCUGACGCCGGGACGGCAACUGAAUUGGCUAGGCUUUUCGGACGUGGGCUCGCCCUGUUUUGCGGAUAACAUGGGCUUGGUGCAGUUAUAUCGGCGUGCCAGUAAUGCUUGGUUUCCCAUUUGCGACACCAUGAAACAGAGCUCGAGUGUGUCCAAUAACUACUUUAUAAUCGCGCUUUCGGAGCGCAGACAGAUCAUUGAGGCUGUGCUGUGCCGUGGCAGUUCCUAUCCUAUGACCAAUCCGCGUCCCAUGCUGCAGGAGCUGCGCAUGCAGCUGCCGCUCUGUGACAUUGAGCUAGAGAAAUCCGAACUGGAGGACACACUCUUGCGCGCUAGCCUAAUGCAGCUGGAAGGUGCUGAAAAGCUGCAAAAGGAGACAGCUAUCAAGCUGUUCGCCUUGGCCUGCAGCAAUGAAUGUGAGACGCGCGCACGCGAACUAAUUGAGUCCAUUGCCUGCACUGAGCUACUCCAGCUGGCUGUUAAAUACGCCUCCAAGCGCGGUCGCAUUCAUCUCUCGGAUAGAUUGUGUGAGUUGCUGCCGCAAUUGGAAGCGGUGCAGGAGGCGCGCAAGCAGCAGCAGCUGCUGGGCGCCAAUGGUAUCGCAGCAACAAUUGUGCUGCCCAUGGCGCCAACGCAGGCUGUGACACCAAAGCUGGCGCCCAAGGCCAUGGAGCUAAGCGCCUCCAAGCGCGGCGCACUAAAACGUUUCUCCAACACGCCGAAUCUAUUUAAGGCGGCAGCAGCGUCACGCCCGGGCACGCCAGAAACCAUCACACCGCUGGACACACAGGAGAACCUAUUUGGCGAGUCCGAGUCACAGCCAAGCGAUUCCAAGGCAGCUGCAGCUGAUGGAGAGCAGCGCACGCCUCUUAAUUCGGUCAAUCCGUUUGCCAUGAAGCGCAAGCUGGUCGACACGGGCGUUAUUUUUGGGUCCGAGAAGCUCAAGCUGGCUAAGAAAUAAAUGUUU